GGCGCUGGGCACAGUCGGAGUCGCAGUCGCCGGUGCCGCUGGGAGAGGAGGGGGAGGUUUGUCUGCCUGCUCAUCGCCGCCGGGACAUGCUCGCAGCCUGACUGACCGCAGGUGGCCGCCGCGCCCGGGAGACGAAUGACGAAACAGUUGCUCCUCCUGUUCACACAUCGGGGACUCGUCAGCCGAGGGGGCCGCAGGGGGAAGCGCCGUCGAAAAUGGCCUCGUUCAGCAUCCGCGCCGCGCGUCCUGAGGACUGCCCCGACCUGCUGCGACUGAUCAAGGAACUAGCGAAGUACGAGGAGAUGGAGGAUAAAGUGGUGCUGACUGAGAAAGGUAUAAAAGCGGCAGCCGCUCGGCGGGUUGGUAGCCUGCUGACGGGGUCUGUAGCUCUUUAUUCUGCUUUUCUAGAGCUGCUUGAGGAUGGUUUUGGUGAGCACCCUUUCUACCACUGUCUGGUUGCAGAAGUGCCAAAAGAACAGUGGUCACCUGAAGAACACAGCAUUGUGGGCUUUGCCAUGUAUUACUUCACUUACGAUCCAUGGAUUGGAAAACUGCUGUAUCUUGAAGAUUUUUAUGUGAUGGCUGAGUAUAGAGGACUUGGCAUUGGGUCAGAAAUUCUGAAGAACUUGAGUCAGGUCGCCGUGAAGUGCCGCUGCAGCAGUAUGCACUUCCUCGUUGCAGAGUGGAAUGAACCGUCCAUCAGGUUCUACAAGAGAAGGGGUGCCUCUGAUCUGUCCACCGAGGAGGGGUGGAGGCUCUUCAGAAUCGACAAACAAUAUCUCUUGAAGAUGGCAACAGAAGAGUGAGAUUAUUCUGGCAAAUAAAUUCUUUCUGCGAAUAUAUAUGCUCUCUGAAUAAACUCCUUGCUUUCUGUGUACAGUUUGUAGUGGAAUAUAGUGUGGAUGCUAAUAAUGAAAAUGCUAUGCAGGUGUUGUCAUAGAGUAAUUGGUACUGUGAUCUGGAGUUACCUGUGAAGCUGUAUGUGUGCUCAUGUGCAUUCUUUACCAGUGUGGGCUUGUAAUCUUUGUAUAUGGAAACUUCAUUCUUGUAAGUGUCAUUCAAAUGUGUACAAUGUACACACUGGUAGGGUUUGUUUUAAUUAUUGCCUUUUAUAAAAAUAAAUAGUUUUCACUUCA